AUGUGCACGGUGGAUAAGUUAUUGAUCAAGGGCAUCCGGUCGUUCUCGCCCGAUAAUGAACACGUGAUACAGUUCCCGAAGCCGCUGACGCUCAUAGUCGGUCGGAACGGCGCCGGGAAGACGACUGUCAUCGAGUGCCUGAAGAUGGGGUCCACGGGCGAGCUGCCACCGAGCGCGCGGAGCGGACAGGCGUUCAUUCACGACCCAAAGGUGGCGGACGUGACAGAGGUGAAGGCGCAGAUAAAGCUACGUUUUCGGAACGUCACGGGGAAACCGUUCGUGGUGAUUCGGUCAUUUCAGUUGACGCAAAAGGCGAGAGGAAAGCUGGAGAAGAAAGAUUUGGACAGCGUCAUACAGAGUGUCGAUGCGAACGGGAAGAUGGUGAGCAUAUCGAAGAAGUGUGUUGACAUCAACGCCGAGGUCCCGGCGCUUAUGGGGGUGUCGAAGGCGAUAUUGGAGAACGUCGUCUUCGUGCACCAGGAAGAGUCCAACUGGCCGCUGGGCGACAGCGCAGGAUUGAAGAAGAAGUUUGAUGAGAUUUUUAGCGCCACCAAGUACACGAAAGCUUUAGAACACAUUCGAAAAUUGAAAACGGAGCAGGCUGGGCUCAUCAGAGAUUACAAGGGCAAGGUUGAGUCUCUCAAGAUUCAAAAGGAUCACGCAACGAAACUGCGCGAUACGUUCGAGACGAACAGAGACAAGUCGAGCGAUUUGACAAAGCACGUCGCGAUGCUCGAAGUGAAGAUCAAUGCCGCGCAAGAAGAAAUUGCUCAAAUUGAAGCCGUCUUUGCAGCUGUGCGUGAGAUUCAUGACAAGCGCAACGCGUUGGUCGCUCGUCGAGAGGCUGUGACGUUGGAGAAUGCGCGGAAACUCGCGAGCAUGAACACAGAGCUGACUGAAUCAUUGGAGGAACUCGAGGCCAUGGGCGAUACCUUCAAUCAAAAGUUUGCGGCGCUCAAACAAGAGCGCGACGUGCUCGAUCGCAAAGUCAACGACGCUCGCUUAGAGAUGGAGGCUCUCAAGGAUCAUCGCGAGCGCAUGAUCAAGACGGCGGGCCGACUCAGCGCAGAGGUGGAGGCGCAAACGAAACGCGUGAGCGAACGAUUGACUUUCGCUCAAUCAACGGCAAAAAGACAUCCUGAGCUUGGUUUCGCCGCCACUUCGGAGGUCGAUCCCGUCGUCUUGUCCGAUGCACUCAGCUCUCGUUUGUCAAUGCGUCAACAAGCGAUUGAUAAAAUGCGCGCGAAGCACCGAUCGAUGGACGCCGAGUGUGGAGCGAAGAUCGACGACAUUACCGAGCGUUUGAGCUCUCACACGCAAAGAAUUGCGAUCAUUGGCGAGCAGCAAGACACGAGGAGGCGCCGACUGGAGGAGAUCAACAAAGAUCUCGGCGAGAACGCGGUGAACGAGUCUGCGAUUGAGGAGCUCGAAAACCGUGUGAACCGAGCGAAUGAGGCGUACGCUUCGAAGAGUAAAUCGGACUUCGCUUCGCAAAUGAAAGUAGACAUGGAAAAAGUCGAAAUAAACCUUAGCGAUAUCGAGCGUGAGAUAAACAAAUUGCGAGCCGAGCAGGAGAACGCCGUGCAAGCGGGAGAAUCGGAAAUGAAGAUUCGAAUGAAAAAGGAGGAAUUGUUUGCGAAGAAAAACUCUUUGGAGAACAUCGUCGAGCAUCGUUCUGAGCAGCUGCGAGACGUGUUUGGUGCCGCCAUGCCGAUGAAUAUCGAGAUGAAGGACGCGCUUGUAGAAAAGCUGGACGAAUUGAACGAAUUGGUGGCCAAGGCGCAAGAACAGUUGAACGCAAGCUCCUCGCGUGUUGCAGUGCUUGAACACGAAAUUGCCGUGGCGAAAACUGAGCUCGAGAGCAACAGAAGAUCUUUGAAUGACGUCAUUGCGCUCGAGACGAUUGAUGCAAACGCUCAAGUGUUGGGCGCUGGUGGUUUUGCGGGAUAUGCCAACGCUCUCGAGGCCGUGAACCGAGAAGUUGGUGAUGUCGAGGCGCAACUGACACAGCUCACAUCUUUGCAAAAUCUGUUCUCAAAAUUCGUUGCCGAAGCCGAAAAGAAUCAAUCAUGUUCACUUUGUAAACGUGGGUUCCCUUCUGCAGAAUCCACUGAUUCAUUCAUCCAAGACAUGCAGCAGAAUAUGGCAAAGGUUCCGGCUCAAAUUGCCGUAAUCGAGGAGCGCGUCGAGAAGACGAGAGAGCGUCGUAAGCUCCUCCUGGAUUUGAGCGAGGCAGCUUCGCAGUUCAAGACGCUCUCUGAGAAAGUCCCAGAUUCCGAGCGUUUGUUCGCGGAGCUCGAGGUAUCUUUUGCGACUGCGCGGGAAACGGAAAAGUUAUGUGAAAAGGAAAUCGCCGAGAAGCGGCAAUCUGCCUCCGUAGUCGGAUCAAUCAUGGAGGACGCCGGUAACAUCUCGCGGCUGGCGAAAGAGGUUCAGGCGCUACAGGAUGCGGUCGAAGCACUUCAGUUGAAUGUUGUGAACGUGACCGGUGAGACGCGUUCUACGUUGGACAUCUCGAAUGAUCUCGAGAUGCUUGAUGUGAAACGAGAAGCCGCCGACAGAGAGAGAGGCAUCUUACUGAAACGAAAGGAACGACAUGAGAUGGAGCUACUCAACCUCGAGCGUAACGCCCGUGACCUUCGAGAGGAGUUACUUUUGACUAAAUCACGAGGUGAGAAGCGAACGCAACUCAAGGCAGAGAUGGCGAAAAUCUCAGAGGCCAUUGCGAUGGGCGCUUCAGAGAAACAGCGAAUGGAGGAGGAACUGGCACCGGGCCUUGCGGAGAAAGAGAGGCUCGCUGUGGAGCGCGAACGGCAACGUGAAAUGCAUGGCCAGGAGCAAAGUGAGCUGGAAAUCGACAUUCGCGAGCUACAGCGUCUCGUUGACGUCACCGCCGGCAUGAACAAGGCCAUCGAUCAGGCCGACGCUGCGGGAAUCUCUGACCGUUUGGCUGAGCACACCAAAUCACUAGAAGAAACGAACGGCAAGAUUGAGGACCUCGGAACGAAAUUGCAGGCGCGGGCGAAGCAAUUGAAAGCCAAGGAAGAGGUAAUAGCGCGUCAGAACGAUCUCAAACGUGAGUUGGAGGAUAACAUUGCAUUUCUGCGUGGGAAACGGGAGGAGGAGACCAUCUUGAAGGAUAUUGAAGAACUCGUGGAACAAAUGCAUAACAUGGGCCAAAUGGCUGACGUUGAGAAGAAAUUACGGCUCGCCCAGGGCAGCAAGAACGACUUGCGUACGGAGGCUGCAGAGGCGCAAGGGCGGGUGAAGGCUCACCAAGAGGCGAUGAAAUCGGCCAGUGAUCAGCUCAACGGCGCAGCAUACGUCAACAUCGACAAACGUCUGUCCAAGCAGCUGGUCGAGUUGAAAACAGUAGAAAUGGUUAGCGAUGACUUGGACCGAUACCACAAGGCUCUGGAUAAAGCUCUGAUGUCGUUUCACGCCAGUAAGAUGGAGGAGAUCAACAAGGUUGUUAGAGAACUUUGGCAGCGCACAUAUCGAGGACAGGAUAUCGAUAGCAUUCAAAUUCGUAGUGACUCAGAGACGACGACUGGUAGGAGCUCGUAUAACUACCGAGUUGUCAUGCUGUGUGGAGGCGCAGAACUUGAGAUGCGUGGCAGGUGCAGUGCAGGUCAAAAGGUGCUCGCGUGCCUCAUCAUUCGCCUUGCUCUGGCAGAGACGUUUUGCUUAAACUGCGGAAUCUUGGCUCUUGACGAACCUACAACUAAUCUCGAUGCCCCGAACUCGGACGCACUGGCGAGAUCGCUCAUAGAGAUCAUGAAAAGUCGACGAGAUCAAGAAAACUUUCAGCUGAUCGUGAUUACACACGACAUGGAGUUUGCCCACGUGCUUGGACAACGAGAGCUAACGGACUAUUACUGGAGAAUCACUAAGGACGAUAACCAGCACAGUCACAUCGAAAAAGAGGACAUCUACGACUAG